ACAUUCUCUUCAUCCCCUAUAACCCCUUUAUUCUCAUCCAUUUUCUUGAAAUUUUAGUCAUAAAAUCUUGAAACCCCUUUGAAUGGAACAAACUCUUGGUUUACUUGAUACUGGUGAAAAAAAAGGUUCAAAAAUGGACCAAGAUUACAAUAUGGACAUGUGUUGUGAAGAUGAAACAGAACUUGAGUUGGGUUUAGGCCUUAGUCUAAGUAGUGGGACAAAGGCUAAGAAAUCAACAUGGGGUGAAUAUGGUAGAAUUUUAACAGCUAAAGAUUUUCCUAAUGGAUUUUCAGCUGGGAGAUCAAUUAAUAAUGGUGGUGGUGGUGUUAGUGGUACUAAAAGAGCUGCUGAUUUUGCUGGUUCUAACACUGAGGUUGGAUCUCCACCUACUGGUGCAAGUCAGGUUGUGGGAUGGCCACCCAUAAGGGCAUACAGAAUGAACAGCUUGGUUAAUCAAUCGAAGGUUCUAAAUGCUGAUGAAGACAAGGGAGUUGGCGGGAACGAUAAGAAAGAGCAUUCGAAGAAGAAAAUCAAUCACGGAAACACUAAGGAUGAUGCAGCUUCUAACAAAGAAAAAGGGAACCUUGGUUUUGUUAAGGUGAAUAUGGAUGGUUUGCCUAUUGGAAGAAAGGUGGAUUUGAAUGCUCACACUUGCUAUGAAUUGUUAGCCGAAACCUUGGAGGAUAUGUUCUUCAAAUCAACCAAAAGUGGUGAAAAGGAACAAGCAACUAAGUCUUUUAAGCUCUUGGAUGGAUCAUCUGAAUUUGUGCUCACGUAUGAGGAUAAAGAAGGAGACUGGAUGCUUGUUGGAGAUGUUCCAUGGGGGAUGUUUCUCAACACUGUGAAAAGGCUAAGAAUCAUGAGGACUUCUGAGGCUAAUGGACUUGCUCCAAGAAUCCCUCAGAAGCAGGAGAGACACAAAGGAAAACCAAUCUAAUUUUGCUUGGUGCAAGGAAAUGCAUGAAAAAAACAGUUUGGAAGAAAAAAAGUAAAACAGAAAUAGGGAAGUGUCAAAAGUGUCCAGGGAUAUUGUUACUUUUUCAUGGUUGCAUUUUUUGUUUUGCACCAUUUUCUCUUCAAAAAGUGCCCCACUUUUUUUGUGCUUUUUUUUUUUUUUGGUUUAGGUCUCAAGCCCCUCAUAUAGUUGAUACACCAAUGUUUUGCCCAAGCCUACUCUUCUCAUAAUGUAAAUAUGGGAAUGCUAUUUUCCUCUUUGUGUGUGUUUGUGUCUGUUGCAAGAAAUUCUAUUUAUUUAUUUAUUUUAAUGUUGAUCAAUCUCUUUUUGUUUGGUGCUAUAGAGAAA